GGUUAGCGUGCAGCUGAUCCUCAGCUCCUGGCAGCCUCCGGAAAGAGAAACCACUCCUUGCCUUACGCUGCAGGUGUGCUCAGCGGGCAGCAGUGGCAGGUAAACGGGCUCCCUGGCAUCUCUCCUUCCUGUCUCUCCCACCCAGAGCCCAUGGCGGAGGAGAAGACCUUCCGUUACGGGUUCAUCAUCUUGGGUUUCUUCCUGGUGAUGACGGGAAUUUUCAUCAUGAGUGUGGAAAAGCCCCACAUCUACAUCACCUUCUGCGUCCUGGGUGUGCUGCUCAUAGCCGUGGGCAUCACCUGGAGCAUGUGCCAGUGCUACCCAAAGAUAACAUUCAUUCCUGUGGACCCUGAGGCUGAGCGGUUCCUGGACCACAAACCCACGGUGCUGCCACAGAAGGACAUCGGCUUGGUUGCUCCCUGCCCUGACCAAGAGGCCACCAGCACCUAUGAGAAGAGCCUGCCAUCCUAUGAGCAGAUCCAGAGGCAGGCAGUGGGCUCAACUCCACUCCCACCCACGGCACAGCCCAGAUCCCACAGCUGCUCCCAGUCAGCCAUGCAGGCCAAAGCAGAGGUCCACCGGGAGCUGGGGGGUGCUGGACACCCCCCACAAGACCUGGCACCUCAUCUGGAAACAGUGGCAGGCAGCUGCCCCCCUCGUCCGGUGCCAGGGGAUGCACCGCUGGCAUCCCUCCUGGAGGAGAUGGACACACCAUCACUAGAGGGCUCCAUGCCCGGCACCCCCACACCACAGAGUCGGACCCUGCCAUCCACUGCUCGCUCUGGCUGCACCUCGACCAGCUCCCCAGUGCGGGGACAGCACUCCGGAUCCCCCCACAAAGGUGCUGAGGAGGAGGAUGACCUUUAUUAUGGGCUCCAAGAGGAGCCGGAUGCUCUGCUCAAGGACAGUGACUGCCUUUUUGAGCCUGAAAACUGAUUUCCCAGAUAAAAUGACCACUUGGCAUGGACUUAUCUCACGGAGGGGAUGCAAACAUCACAGCCUGGAGGAAAGGGGAUGCCCCCAAAGUGCAGCGCCUGCAGCACAGAAGGUCCCCCAGGCUUCUGCACCCCUUGGACACACCCAGCCUUUCUGGAGGCUUUUAUUCCCCCAAAACUCAAAUGGGGGACUGCCUCCUGAAUUCCAGAGCAUAUAGGACAAAGCCUCCCUCGCUGGAGCCCUUUGGAUGGGUACAGAGAAACUGGGCUGGGCAGGAUCUGGGAGAAAUACUGUGCUUGGGAAGGAAAAGCAUUAGUUUUGCUGCUUGGAACAGGAUCAAGUUUAGGUGGGUAAAGAUGUGCUCACACCAGGUGGGCUUGAUGAGGCAGAGAUGUCCUCAAAGUCAUUCUCCCACUUAUCCAAGCUCCCCUGAAAUUAAAAUCAGAUCCUGAGACUCCUGCAGCAGGUAACCUUCAUGUCUCUCGGUUGGGAGAGGGGUGAUGGAGGUGACAGACUGUGCUGUCCUUCAUUUUCUGCACGAGGACCAGCUUCCAGUGCCAUUGGAAGCAGAAAGAGGAGGAUUCAGCUCAGCCAAAACCCUGGUGAUGGCACUUGAGGUGGUGACUUUGGGCACCUGCACUGGGUCAGUGUCAACAACCACAGGGCUGUGGGUGGGCUCGCACACUGGCACCCACCAUCCCCAAACUCUCUCUGAAUAAUAAGUAUUUGUU